AUGGCGCCUAGCAAGACACACCGUGCAGGAGCCUCAGGCCUUCAACGCUCCCACUCUCGCACCUCCACGUCCUCCAGGCUCGGCAUCAGCAACCUUCAGCUCACACAGAAGGAGCCCAAGCCAGCAGACAGGUCCAAGAAGAAUGGCCACACCCAUGAUGACGCCGCGUCAAACCACUCAGUCAAACCCCGUGGUGUGCAGCGGGUAGCCAGUGGCUUCCGAGCUGAGCGCGUCCCGUCCAGGGAGCAGAUGCAGCAUGCCGCACGCUACGCAGCCAACCAGAACCAGCAGCGCGGUCAGAAGGCCAAGGCUGGCUUCACCAUCUCGAGCCCCAGCCCCGGACAGGACGAGGAUGACGAGUGGGUCUCAAGUGAGAGCGGUGCAGUCAGCCCCACCAGCAGCGAGAGCGAGGACGAGGACAUCCCAGAGGCCAGAGAGAUACUAGCGCCGCCAAUUACGCCCGUCGAGCCGCGCAAGUCAGCCCAGCCAUCGAUCGUUCUGCCCCCGCCGCAGACCUUUCCGCCACCAGCGCAGGCGCCGGAGCAUAUGGAUUCUCCUAUACUUCCAGAUACACCCAGAGCAGCACUCGCGGACCCCAUCUCAUCCCAGGCGACAGCCGCUCGCCCGCCCGAAGUGUCCGUCAUCGUGCUCCCAGCUGCGUCAGUACCACGUGGGCCUGUCACUGGACCGCCCAAGGUCACGGAACAGCUCUCCAUGUUCGAGCCUCCAGCCCAGCAGCAGCAGUCGUCGCACCUCGUCGCACCAGCACCACCUCUGGAGACGCGCUCGGAGAACACGUCUCCCGUGCAGCGCUCGAAGCAGACAACGCUCUCGCGCCCGACGUCCAUGCACGGCACCGCCGCGUUCGGAAGAGGCGACGUCCCCCUGCGCCCGCACCCCCUCAUCCGCGGCCAGUCCUUCGGGCAGCACCUCCCCAUGUCCCAGCGCGUCGGCCCCCUCGCCCCUCUCACCGUGCGCUCCGACCUACCGCCCGCACAGAUCAGCGCGUCGCCCCCGCAGAGCAACACCGCCGUGUCGACCUCCCCCUCCAACGCGAGCAUCAAAUCGACCUCGCACUCCCCGCCGCACCGCCGGCCCUCCGUCUCGUCCGCGCGCAGCGUCGCGACCCUCCCGAGCGGUGCCGUUGCGCCCGCGCAGACGGGGCUGAGCAAGCCGCAGGUGGACCGGGACACGGGCCGGAACCGGACGCUGUCGACGGCGUCGAACAUGACGAGCAGCUCGAUGCAGCGGCUCUCGUCGCUCGCCGCGCACUCGCAGACGCGCCCCGCGACGCCGCAGUACGUGUCCAAGUUCCCGCCCGCGAGCCAGACCGCGGGGCUCGAGGCCGUGCACCCGCUCCUACCCUCGCCGUACCUCGGCGCGCACCUGUUUAUUCUGCCGUAUCGCAGUCCGCUGCGCGAGUCGUACGACCGCGUCGCGGCGGCGAAGCAGCGCCUGAAACGGUAG